AUGCCAGUCUUUCGAAUAGUUUUAACGUAUCCAAAAGAGUUAUGUUUUCAGUGUUGUGCUGUUGGAUGUAUAACGAAUCGAUGGAGUUCUUUAGUCCAUUGUUUCCUUGAUAACUCUAAAAAUUUAGAUGCCUCCAACGAACAAGUUGGCGUUCCCAACGUCAUAGCCUUAGUUGGCUUGCCUGCGAGAGGGAAGACAUAUAUAUCUCAUAAGUUAUGUCGGUAUUUGAAUUGGAUCGGCAUUACGACGAAAGAUCUGCUAGCGUCUUAUUCUAGCGAAUGUGCUCGGUUAGCUAUCGAGGACAUAGGGAGGUACUUAGAAGCCAAGGAAGGUGAAGUGGCUGGUUUCAAAUACAGUUAUUUUGUUUCUCAGAUCUUGGAUGCAACCAACACUACUCGUGCUCGUAGGCGUUUCCUCAUGGACUUUUGCAAGCGUCCACAACUUCAUACCGCAUUCCGAGUGUUCUUCAUUGAGAGCGUUUGUGAUGAUCCUGAUAUCAUUAACUCUAAUAUCACGGAAGUUAAGAUCAACUCUCCUGACUACAAAGGAAAAAUGAGCGAAGACAAGGCUAAAGAGGAUUUCCUGAAGCGAAUAGAGAAUUACAAAUUACAAUAUGAAUCAAUUGAUGAGGAAAUAGACGACGAGCUAUCCUUUAUCAAGGUUAUAAAUGCAGGGAAGUCGUUCUACGUUCAUAAUGUGAAAGGUCACAUUCAGAGCAGAGUUGUAUAUUUUCUAAUGAACAUUCAUCUACUUCCUCGAAGCAUUUAUUUAACGCGGCAUGGCGAGAGCGAAUAUAACCGAAUCGGGCGGCUGGGUGGCGAUAGUCCUUUAAGCGCAAAUGGCCUUCUCUAUGCGGAGAAUCUCAAGGACUACUUUAUGAAGGAAUCUCUCAAGGACCUAAGAGUGUGGUCAUCACAAAAGAUCCGCGCCGUCCAAACAGCGUCAAAAAUGCAGGAACUCGCAGCUCAUGUGGAAUACUGGAAAGUGCUUGACGAAAUUGAUGCGGGAAUUUGUGAAGGACUGACGUAUGAAGAUUUCGAAGUGAGGUAUCCUAAGCAGUUCGCUGAGCGCGAUAAGGAUAAGUAUCAUUAUAGGUAUCCCAGUGGCGAAGCUGUCCUUCGCUGCAUUCUGGCGUAUUUCACGAAUAAAAAUCGUGAAGAGUUGCCUUAUCUGAAAGUUCCUCUUCACACAGUAAUAAAACUUACACCGAAGGCGUACUCUUGUGAUGUUGAAAUGUUCAAGUUCGACAUUGAAGCCGUCAAUACUUAUCGUGAGAAGCCUGGCCAUCCGGUUAGUUGUUCCGUAUUAUUCCAUAUAGUUAAUUGA